CCGGAAGUAGUUGCUCCAUAUCCCGCCCCAACAUGGCGGCGCCCAGCUCUUUAAGUCAGCACCUGCUUUUGCCCAGCUUGUGAUUUUUAACCUUGGCGGCGUUGGGAGACCAUGGACGCGCCGGGCUUCACGGCCUCGCUGGUGGCUGGAGGGGUAGCAGGCGUCUCUGUGGACUUGAUAUUAUUUCCUCUGGACACCAUUAAGACAAGGCUGCAGAGUCCCCAGGGAUUUAACAAGGCUGGUGGAUUUCGUGGGAUAUAUGCUGGGGUCCCUUCUGCAGCUGUUGGAUCCUUUCCUAACGCUGCUGCAUUUUUUCUCACCUAUGAAUAUGUGAAAUCUUUGCUGCACACGGACUCUACUUCACACUUCAAACCCGUGAAGCACAUGCUGGCUGCCUCUACAGGAGAAGUGGUGGCCUGCUUGAUUCGAGUUCCUUCUGAAGUGGUUAAGCAGAGGGCACAGGUGUCUGCUUCUUCAAAGACCUUGCAGAUCUUUUUGACUAUCUUAAGUGAAGAGGGCAUUCAAGGACUGUACCGAGGCUAUAAAAGCACAGUUUUAAGAGAGAUUCCUUUCUCCUUGGUCCAGUUUCCCUUGUGGGAAUCCUUGAAAGCCCUCUGGGCGUGGCGGCGGGGUCAUGUGGUGGAUUCUUGGCAGUCAGCAGUCUGCGGAGCUUUUGCAGGUGGCUUUGCAGCUGCAGUGACUACACCUCUGGACGUGGCUAAGACAAGGAUCAUGCUGGCAAAGGCGGGUUCCAGCACUGCUGUGGGGAACGUGCUCUCUGCCAUGCACGGGGUGUGGCGCUCACAGGGACUAGCCGGGUUAUUCGCAGGUGUCCUCCCGAGGAUGGCAGCAAUCAGCAUGGGCGGCUUCAUCUUUCUGGGCGCCUAUGACCAGGCGCGAAGCUUGCUGUUAGAGGUGGGCAGGAAGAGCCCAUGAAGCAGACACUACAUGUCCUUGCAGUCCUUCCUGUGCCUGGGGCUCCAGUGUGGCUCCCUGAAGAUGGCUGCAGAGAGCAGCUUAAUGAAGGCCAAAGCACAGGCUGCCCCAGGAAACUUUUCUUGGUGAAACUGGGGCCACCGUCUCAGUCCUCUCAAUAAAUACUCCCGGUAAGGCCAAGGCCAGGCCCUUCAGAAUGCUUUUUAUUAGCAUCCUGUGCUUUCUGCUGUCUGUUGGAGUCACCAGGAAAGCAAACUGGCUACAACUGCAGUGAAUGACCAGACUGGGAAAAGGAAGGGGGCAAGAACCGUGCGUGUGGCUGUUUCUCCCCUGGGCGGGUGCCUAUUGUGUAAGAUUAUAGCUUUGUUUAAAAAGCAUGAGCUACAGGUGCAUAGCAUGCAUUCUUUCUGGUGAGGAUGCUGUUUUUAAUUACCUUGUAUUUCUCCUAUAAAAACACAUGAUUAUAUUACUUUACAGCAAAGUGCCCCAAAGUCCCUGGAGUGUGUGACAGACAGCAGACAGCUGCAGCGCCAGUGAGUGGGUGGGCCCAAGUGACUUCAGUUAGGAACAUGUUGAGGGAAGCAAAGCCCAUGCCCACCACUGUCCGUCCCUGGAGGCCAGCUGGAGCAGCUCCUUUGUCCUCAUGGUAUAUGCCAGCAGGAGGUGGGAGGGUCAGCAUACUUGGGGAGCAUAAGGCUUGACUAACCAACUCCAUGUGGAAAAAAAAAAGCUAUCUGAGGAAUGCAGUGCCACUGUCUUUCUGGGGCAACAGUGUGUAGUCUAUGCUGCUUCGUCUAAGUAUUCUCCUUUUGGAGAAACAUUAAUAGCAGAAUAAAAGAGCAGUGACCGCCGCACACACUUAGUAUUUAUAAAUGAACCUUUAUUAAAGACACUUUAUGCCAUUUGUUAGACACUUCAAUAUUUUACAUGUUUUCAAUGUACACUGUACCAAAAUUUCUAUAAAUAAAUAACUCUGUACAUAAAAA